AUGCCUCCGAAAGGACGGAAGCCAGCCUCGGCCACCGCCGGGCCCUCAAAAACAACAACAACAGCAACAACCGCAGGCCCCUCCAAAUCUGCCGGAGUGAAAAAAGCUGCCAAGGGAGGCAAGGGAGCCACGGGGGGGAAGCGACCACCAAGGACAUCAGACGCUCAAUCAGAUGUUCAGCCCGGAGACCCAACCCCCAAAGGCCGCCGGCGCCGGUACAAGCCCGGUACCGUCGCCCUUAAGGAAAUCCGCAAGUACCAACGCUCAUACGAUCUUCUCCUCCUAAAACUCCCCUUUGCACGAUUAGUGCGCGAGGUCGCAUUGGACCUCCUCCCCGCAGAAGUCGGCGCAGAGCUGCGGUGGCAGUCGCAUGCAAUCCUUGCGCUCCAAGAGGCCGCCGAGGCCUUCCUAGUACACUUGUUCGAGGACACGAAUCUAUGCGCUAUUCAUGCGAGACGGGUUACGAUCAUGCAGAAGGAUAUCCAGCUUGCGCGUAGAAUUCGCGGGGCGUGGGGUGGUCUGGGCUGA